AAAUAAUAAUGGAAGAACUGAAAAAAGAUGAUUUGAUGAGUGAGAUAAAGCAACUACAAGAAAGAAUUGACGGUGAUCCCACUGCGCAGAAGAUAUUAUCGCUUCUCGAAACGUCCAAGGCCCUUGACAGCCAAGAGUCUGAACUCCAAUCUAGGUGCAUAUUAGAACAUGCUAAAUUGCAAACUAACGUUGAUGAGUUUGAGGAGCUACUGCAAAGAGGCGAAGAGAUGACGUUCUCUGAAAAUUUGGACCAUACUUUUCGGGACUCCACUGAGAAGCUUGAUUUCGCGAAGAGGGAACUUGCAGCUAAAUUGAGGUCAACUCUGUCAUUUAAACGGCAGCUCGAUGACGUGCAAUCACAAGCUGAACUCAUUCAGUAUGAACUCCGAUUGUCAGAACUUUAUACUCAUAUUCAGGCCAAGGAUCGUCAAACCCGUAAAUACUAUGCUACUUACAAUACAUUGUUGGGGAUAAAAGAAUUGAUGCUAAAGGAAACAUCAUUACUGAACUCCAUACACUCACAGUUCAAAGAUGCUCUUACUAGCCCUGCUGGUCGAAAGAAACUAAUUGAUUCCAUGGAAGGAAUUCUGCACGGGACUCAACAGAAGCUGGAAAAGGUGCAAAUUGCUCUACAGUCUGAGCAGAAAGCUCAUGAAGCUCUCAAGGGGCAAUAUGCAGCUGCAGUUUCAGAGCAAAGGCAUUACAAUUCUAUCUUAGAGGCUUUCCAGGUGGAAUGUGCUAGGAAUGAAAGAAUUCGCAUGCAGACUUCACAAGAACAUUUAACAAGUUGA